AUGAACAUGGAAGACUCUGAAGAAAGCCCAACAGAGAAGCAAAGCCUGGCUCAAGGCACCUCAGUCACAUUGAAUAGUGACACUGGUACAGAUAAAGUUCUUGCCUCACUAGAGGGCAAGAGGAAGCGGAAAGGGUACUUGCCAACUGAAUCAGUGAAGAUUCUCCGUGACUGGCUGUAUGAACACCGGUUUAAGGCCUACCCUUCAGAAGCAGAGAAGCGACUGCUGUCUGAGCAGACUAAUUUGUCUUUCCUACAGGUCUCAAACUGGUUUAUCAAUGCCCGCAGACGUGUUCUUCCAGAAAUGCUUCAACAGGAUGGAAACGACCCCAAUCAGAUUACCAUGUACCACCAAAAAGGCAAGUCUGCUGAUAUGACCCAUAAGCAGAACACAGAUUCAUCUAUACAGGCAAGGUCAGGGCCCAGAGAUCCAGACAAGAUGCAGUGGCUGCCCCUGAGCAUCCCUGUAAUGGACCAGCCAUUGGAAGAGAAGCUGCUGGAUCCAGAGUUAUCUACAGGCCAGAAGCUCAGCCCAAAGGCCCAGCCAAAAAAAAAGGUCAAGAUUUCUACUAAUGAGCCUGUGCUUAUGUCAUCUUCCAAACCUGUGUUAACAGAAGAGUACAAUGACUUCAGCAGCUUCCAGCUGCUGGUCGAUGCAGCCGUGCAAAAGGCUGCAGAACUGGAGUUACAGAAGAAGCAAGAGUCCAAUCCAUGA